AUGUCGACGUUGAUUAGUGAUGGAGUCUCUCCCUCGCUUCACAAAAAUGAAGAUCCACCUCCACCUCGAUGCACCAGCAUCCGUCGACCUAGCAGUGCUCGAGCCAGCUACGUACAGCAAAAACUUCAAACUGCGUUAUCCCAAGCGGAGAAGACGGCAGUGGAGUUGACUCAUAACGCAGAUUUUGACCACUCUGAAGAAUCUCGGGUCUCCGGCGGUAUUCACGUGGAUCGCAGCAUCGCUCGGUAUCGGAGCGCAGCAGCCGUCGUGUCCUUCACCGAUCCAGCCACUGCAUUCCCAUACACGACGAGUUUCAUGCCUGGAGUCCAUUUCUACACAUUCCUUGCAGCGAAAGAAGCUGCGCCAAGGUCGUCUCGAGGACGCGCCAAUCACAAUAAUUCUUCUAGCAUAAAUCACGACAACGACGGUAACCCGAGACUCACGGCGCGAAAACAAAAUCUGAAGUUGAAUGUGCCGGAUACGAUUUUGUACGGUGAGACGGGGCGUGCUGUUUGGAUUUACACUGACAACGAGGGAUAUGUGCAGCGGUCAACGGAGUUCAGUGACAAGCAGGUGCUCGACAGGUUUGCAGAGUGUUCUCACGUAACAGACGAGAAGAGCUUGGUGGUUUACAAAGAACCGAUGACCAAAAUGGCCUCGGUGAGUCAUCAAAAUGGUCAUGGCCCGGUAGUCUUCAACUCGCAGGGGAAUCAAUUACGACUGCUUAAUCUCGGAGAAGUGAGGACUCUUUUGAAUGGCGUCAUGGCUAUGCACAAAUCGUUUGCUCUUCAACAGUUCAUCAAGUGUAAUGGAUCGAAAGCCUUUAUUCAGCGGGCAGUAUACGAAGCAGGAAAACCGGCCCAUGCGUGGAUGAUCAGUAACAUUGAACCGUUUCGAGACUCUACAACUCCAGCAUCGCUAUCUCCUGGUACUGCACCGCACGUGUCACCCCGUCCGGGGCUUAUCCGAUCAAACAGCUCGUCCACAAUCAACCCUGGAGGAUCUGAUAGUACUGGGAAUACUGUCCCUCUUGUGAGUCGUCUCUGUACGAGUAUUCCAAGCGAUCAAGGCUGCACGUUCGUCAAGUUGACAGAACGCGGAUGUGCCACAGUCUCGGAACUCAAUUUACGUAUAGUUCGAUUUAUUGAGCAGAGAUUUCGGAUUUCAAUCCAAACACUCGUGGCUGAUUUUGUCAAAGAUACAGCGGGACAGUGGUGGUGUCUUCAGGUGAAGGCUUUCCAAGUACAGAAUAAAUUUCAUCCCGGCCGAGUGUUUUCAUUACCGCUUAAGGUUCGAAUGGCCUAUUUGAAUUACCGUGAUACGGCGAUUCUCGAUGAAGACGACGACGAAGAGUUCGACGACGAACGACGUUUAAGAACGAGACGUCGGAGUCAUCGACGAUCCAUCGUCCCAUUAUCUCAACGUAAUAUUCACAAACUCAUCCAGUGCAAGUGUUGUCUGGCAGCGUAUCCGAGCAGUGAGUUGUCGUUCAAGAUGACGUUGAAAAUGAUUAGUGAUAUGCUGCUGCGGAUACGCUCUCGGCUUCCCCCGGAGAAAACGAUAUCGUUUCUAUCCGCGGCAUUUGCUCGAGAACUUCCGGAGUCAGCCGUUGCGUACGAAUCGUGGAGUGUUUGUAGCUUUUGUUACGCUAUCUACGAACGUGACCAGCAAUUGCAACGUAUCGAGACCAGAUUCUCUGCGGCAUUAGGACUCCCUAAUACGAAGACUAUGGACCAAGGACUGAGUCGAAUUCAAGACCGAAGCUUCGUGUUGGACCCGACUGUGACGGCCUCCGUCAUGCCUUCACAACUGACACUUUGUCGGUUAGUGUUGGUCAUCAAUGCCAUAUACGAUAUCCCACCUGAACUGUAUAACGCAGAGCUGGAAAAUGCACGGAUGGAAGCGGCUGCAGAUGAAGUCGCAGCAGCCGAAGGACGGAGAAGAUUGCAGCGUACGAAUGCAUCGCGGUUGUAUCUGCGUAUUAAUGUGUUGGGGUACACUGAGUGUAUCCCAAUUAACCCCGACGACAUCAUGGAGGCAAGUGAGAAAGCACCGGUGGGUGCAAGCCGGCGACGAGAUAGCAUUGCUAGUUCUGUGAGUGAUGACGAUGAAGAUACUCCCGACCCUCAGUCUGCCAGACAUCAAGACACACCGAAGCGAGUAUCACAAUCUCAGAACACUCACAUGUCAUCAAAGAACGAGGUUAACUACUGGCUCCCGACAAACUUGAUACGUACCAUCCCGUUCUUCGCUCCACGCACUCCGCUCCAGUCUAAGCUAAAGGAGACAAGUGGUAUCAGUCCACUGUUGACGGAAGACAACAGCGUCCGGGUGCAGUUAAUCCGCGCAACUGAACCUCCUUUGCAGGACCCGACGGAGUUAGCCGUAAGACGAAGACCCAGGAAUCGACGAGCUGCGCUGGUACCUGCAGCAGGGACCAUUUCAGAUCUGGUAUCACAAAUGCAUGGACCCUCACAUUCCGUAGUACUUGGAUCCACGAAAAUUCGUAUGACGCAGUUCCGAAGCUCGUACGUGACGAAGAUCGACUACUACGCUUGCAUGGCUAUCACUGGUGAACUGCUUAAUAUAAAGGGCAAUAUUGGCUUAGAACGGGUACGCUACGUGGACUCCAAGCUGCUUACAUCCCAACAUCGCUUGCGUGUUUACAAUGGAGUUUUUAUUCCAGAUGAAGCAUACACAACGGGCGACGCAUUAUCCUCCGAGUGGAUGGACUGCUUUCGUGCUUCAAGUUACGUAAAGCGACCACCAACUACCGCAACAAUAGAACCUGAAGGGAAUGGCCAGUCGCGUCGUGUUACUCGACCGACUUCAUCCAGACCCCCCAACAACAACGAAGAGGAUAUGAAAGCGGAAUCUGCUGCUGCUAUCAAGCAGAAGCUGCUUCGUAUCAGCUCUCGGGGUCCUUCAAAGAGUGCUAUUCAAAUGGCUAUGCUGCUUAAUAAACCCAUUCUAUCGCCACGCUCGGAGCUUGCGGACUGUCCUGAGACCAACAACAACGUUCCGACAUCUCUACAAGAAAAAUCGUCGAUAGUGCCGUCUCCUCGGAACCGCAAGUGGAUGUGGUCGCUGGUUCUUUCGAUCAAUCAAGCGCAUAAUUUGCAGUCGCGAGAGCGUUCGUGCAGUCGAUGGGAAUGUCACUAUACGCUGCUUAAUCAACGACGUUCCGCGCUGGAACGGCUGCCAGUAAGCUCAAGAACCCGAGUGGGGGGUCUUUCUACGUCCGUAUCAGUGGACGCGAUCUCACAGCUAGCUCCGGCUUCUUUAGAAGUGCAAUUCAAUUGCACGCAUAGGUUUUGGCUUGCAGGGACGACGCUCACGGUCCAAAACUAUCUGCGGAACAAUCCGGAGGUGAGACUUUACUUUCGCAACGACAUGUACGCGUCAACACGCUACGAAGCGGAAGGAGAGUUUUACGGCGUCUUAGAACUGUCCAAACUGCUCCAGGAUCGAAGCUUCGACACCACAAUUGAUAUCCUAUCAGCACACGAUGAUCCGACCAUCACACCAAGAGAAGCUGCUGCCAUUUCUAGAAUGUCGCCUUACCUGUCACUCUCAGUGCAGCUCUUAAGAGGGCCAAGCGAUCCCGACGAAGCCAUUACCGACAAUAAGUUCGUAGAACUUGCGUGUACAGCCGACGGACUACACGUGCUCCGGAAAGUGUCAUAA